UUCAGCUCGAGGAACAAUUAACCGCAGCUGAACUUGCUGAGCUGAAAUCGCUCGACUGAGUGCAGGCAAAACGAACUCAGCCUUGCGAUGGUUUCAUUAAUUGUCUCAGAGGGCUGCAAGUCGUCGAUUCGAGAUAUUAUAACAUGAUUCCAGCGUGUGGAUUAGAUUCUUCCCUUCCCCUCUGUCAUACUCUGCGAGUAGACUUGAAGACAGUGAAAUGAGAUUUUUUCACCUACCUGAGCACUUAUCUUCACUGUAUCGCGAUCCACAAACUAAUCUCGCAAAUCGACGUCGAGAAACUGCUGAGUAGUUGGACAUUGGGCAGUAUAAAUAGCUCGGUGGUCCUCCGCUCAAGGACAUGUCACCUUCAGACAACUUCAUAUAGGGCGUAUUCGGAAGGACGGUUCCGACACGAUACAAAGAAAUUGCAGACACGGAGGGAAACCUUGACGCAUUUUCUUCUCGAUCCAUCAAUUCAGCAGCGAUUGAAUCACUCAGACAGGAUCCAUCCAGCAAAAUAAGUCCACGUGAUUCCAAAUUGCUCUGAAGAUGGAUUUACACACAGCAAGCAGAUUGAAGAGCGUAGUGGCAUCUUCCAGUUCAGGUCUCUCGUCUUCGUGCGCACAUACAACCGGUAGAGCUGUGGCAGUCAAAUCUCAGAACUUGGGAGCGAAAUUCUCUUCGAUCAGCGGGAAAUCUCUGAAGGAUGCCGUGACGAUCACCAGCACAAACCUGAAGUGCAAUGCGGAAGGGAGGAGAUCCAAGAGCUUGCAGCUGCAGGCGGAGCUCGGUAAAAAGAGCAGCUCGACUCAGACUGUACAAAAAUCGAAGAAGGAUCCACACUCUGUAACGCUGAAGGGCAAGUUCCAACUUUCUCGUGCGAUCGGCCCGACGGGAAGCCCACCGAAGAUCGAGUUCCCCGUCUUCCAGAAGAACGUCGCGUUCACUCUCGUCAGCACACACGUCGAUGGGCACGGAAAGUUGAAGAUGAGUGAAAGGACUCGACUCGAAGAAUGCUGGAAGGCGCUGGAUUUGGAAGAUGGUUCCUACGACAUCGCGUUCUGUGUUCCGCGUGAUUUCGGAGAGCCCGGUGCGAUACUCGUUGACAGUGUGAAUAGCGAGGAAUUCUAUAUUCAGUCCCUGACUCUGAACUCUCAUGACUCGCGCACGGAGUACGAAUUCGCCUGCAACUCUUACAUCAACAAGAAGAGUCCCACCAACAAACCGAAGAUCGACGAUCAGAUAUCCGACACAGAUCGCAUAUUCUUCACUAACAAGGUUUACCUUCCCUGUGAUACGCCCCCGGGGCUUCGGAAACUGAGGGCUCUGGAGAUGGAACAUCUGCGGGGAGAUGGCACCGGAGAAAGACAAGUUGCCGAUCGGAUUUAUGACUACGACGUCUACAACGACUUGGGCAUCGUCGGAGUAGCCGAGCGCCCGACGUUGGGUGGUCCCGACAGACCUUAUCCUCGAAGAUGCAGAACAGGCCGAAAAAUCGAUCCAGAGAGCGGCAUGGAGCAGCUUCCUGCUGCUGGUGCGAAGAGUUACAUUCCCCGAGACGAGGAUUGGAACGGAUCGAAGACCAAGGAUUUCAAUGUUGACGGUCUCACGGGACUGAGAGCGACUUUGUUGCCCAUACUUCGAGAGAAAUUCGACGAAACUCCAGAUGAUUUCGACACUUUCAAGGAAGUGUACAACCUGUACAACAAAGGAAUAGAAAUCUUCCCCAGAGACCCAGCUCUCAAACCGACCGAGAAGGAUGUCGCAGCUGUUCAAAACUUUCUCGAGUCGCAUUUAUACAAGGACACUGGCGGCGUUCCUAAUGGCAACUUCGACGUGAUCAAGUAUCCGAUUCCGCAACUCCUUCAAGAUGACCCCUUCGCCUGGGCGGACGACGAAGAAUUCGCUCGUCAAGCCCUUGCGGGUCCAAAUCCGUCCGUCAUCAGGAGAGCACAGUUUCCACCGACGAGCGAGCUUCCCGAAGACGUCUACGGUCCAGCCACCGCUCUCACUGCAGAGCACAUAGAACCAUACCUCUGUUCCAAUGGCAAGAUGCUGACUGCGUCUGAGGCUCAAUGCGCAAACAGGCUGUUCACGAUCGACUACCGAGACAUUUACCUCCCGUACGUGACGAAGAUCAGCACACAAACGACUACGAAGACGAAGAGGCGGAUAUACGCACCUCGCCUCAUAUUCUUCUUGACGGAUGACAACAAACUGAAGCCGGUGGCGAUCGAGCUCUCUCUACCUCCUCAAGAUGGCCAGAAGGGAUCUUACAACAGGGUCUUCACCCCACCCAAGGACGAAAACUGUAUCGAUUUCACGUGGAGUUUGGCCAAAUUUCACUUCAGCUCCGUCAACUUUGGGUUCCAUGGGCUCAUUUCUCACUGGCUGAAAACUCAUGCUGUCAUGGAGCCAUUUCUGAUCGCCACCAACAGACAGCUCAGUGCAAUGCACCCCAUCUCCGUGCUCCUGUCUCCGUGCUGGACGAACACCAUGCGCAUCAACGCCAACGCGCGGGCCACUUUGAUCAACGCCGCACCGGUCGGAUCGCUCGAAGCGAGCUUCACCCCAGGGCGCUACAACAUGGAGCUGAACUCCGUGGCGUAUGACAAACUGUGGCGCUUCGACAAGGCCGCAUUACCACAAGAUCUGCUCGACAGGGGAAUGGCAGAGCCCGAUUGCAACGAGCCAGGAGGAGUCAAGCUCGUGUUCGACGACUACCCAUUCGCCAAGGACGCGCUGGACGUAUGGAGCACAACGAAAGAGUAUGUGAGCGAUUACUUGAGUCUGUUCUACUCGUGCGACGAACAAGUGCACGAGGAUGAGGAGCUGCAGGCGUGGUGGAAGGAGAUUCGGGAGGUCGGGCACGGAGACAAGAAAGACGAACCGUGGUGGCCAUCGUGCCGGACCAAGGAGAGCCUCGUGGACAUUUUGACCACCAUCCUCUGGAUCGGAAUCAGCCACUCGCCGGUGAAUUUCGGCCAGUACGCCUACGGAGGGUUCACGCUCAACUAUCCGCCCUUAACUCGCGAGCUGAUCCCCGAGCCCAACACUCCGGAGUUCAAGGAAAUGAUGUUCAAUUUCGAGCGAUACGUGCUCAAAACCACGGCAACCCCCCAGCAGGCCGUGACGAUCAUGACCACGAUGAUGGUUCUAUCGAACCACGCCGAGAGCGAAGAGUACAUCGGCUCGAGGAAUGAGGCCAAUUGGACCUCGGAUCCGAAGGUGAAGGCCGUGUUCGAGAAGUACGCCGAGCAAGUGAGAGGCAUCGAGAGGAAGAUCGAGCAGAGGAACGCCGACACGAGCUUGCACAACCGACGAGGGGCUCUCAAGACCCCCGGGUACACGCUCAUGUAUCCGUCUUCCGGACGAGGACUGACGGGUAAAGGAGUCCCAUGGAGCAUUUCGAUCUGAUCCUUCGACUCUGAAUUGUGCAUUGCAGUGGGCACCGGUUCACCGGUGCCCACUGCAUCUUAACCGGAUGAUCUGCAAUCGAUUAUUUUGACAGUCCACGUGGACAAGUGGAUAGCCAUGUACUGUAUGUAGGAAUGUGUAGAGGUCAGAGCCAGCCCCGUCGGAAGUUCAGAACAUAAGUUCCGACCUUUAUGUGAUUUAUCAACUCAAUGAGCAAAUGCCUUCUGAAACCCCA